CCGUUCUGUUAAUCACGCAUCCUCUCUUCUCCUGCCAUUUUUGUGCUACUGGCUAACUUGCUAAUCAAGGGGUCUCCAUCAGCAGGAGGCGGAGAAGACUGCAGGCGGCAGAGAGUAGCAGUCAAAUCAAAGGACCUGAGCCUUCCCUGGAGAAUCGGGGAGUUCCCGCACACAGGAAACUCUUGUUAGAAAGGCUACACAAUGUCCGAUUUCGACAGCAACCCGUUCGCAGACCCGGAUUUCAGCAAUCCUUUUCAGGAUCCUUCGGUGACCCAGGUGACACGAUCUGCCCCUCCUGGUGGUCUGGAGGAGUAUAACCCCUUCACAGACGCCAGAACGGCAGCCCCAAGAAACACCCCCAAAUCUACUCCAGCACCUUCCCAGAACACACAGCCUGCCAUCAUGAAGCCCACAGAAGAGCCGCCAGCUUACUCACAGCAACAGACUCAGCGGCGUAAUGAGGACCAAGCGCGUGCUCAGGCUGAGUUGUUGAGAAGGCAGGAAGAGCUGGAGAAGAAAGCAGCAGAGCUCGAUCGUCGAGAGAGAGAGUUACAGUCCCACGGAGCCGUCGGAGGGCGGAAGAACAACUGGCCUCCACUGCCGGAGAAGUUCCCUGUUGGUCCUUGUUUUUACCACGACAUUGCAGUGGACAUUCCUGUAGAGUUCCAGAAGACUGUAAAGAUUAUGUACAACCUUUGGAUGUUCCAUGCAGGCACGCUCUUUGUGAACAUGUUUGGCUGUUUGGCCUGGUUCUGUGUGGAUCCAACUCGUGGUGUAGAUUUUGGCCUGGCUAUGCUCUGGUUUCUGCUUUUUACCCCAUGUUCUUUCGUCUGCUGGUACAGACCGCUUUACGGGGCUUUCAGGAGCGACAGUUCGUUCCGCUUCUUUGUCUUCUUCUUCGUCUACAUCUGUCAGUUUGGAGUUCACGUUCUACAAACCAUUGGCAUCACUGGUUGGGGAACAUGUGGUUGGAUCGCAGCUCUAACUGGCCUGAACACCAGUAUCCCAGUAGGAAUCAUCAUGUUACUCAUCGCAGCCCUCUUUACUGCUCUGUCUGUGGGCUCCCUCAUUAUGUUUAAAAAGGUGCACGCGCUCUAUCGCACCACCGGUGCUAGUUUUGAGAAAGCCCAGCAAGAGUUUGCAACCGGGGUCAUGUCUAACAAGACCGUUCAGACUGCAGCUGCCAACGCUGCAGCCAAUGCUGCAUCCAACGCUGCUCGCGGGGCCUUCAAAGCUCAUCCAUAAACAGAUGUGGUACACGUGCUCAGUGCUCAUUUAAACACACACACACUAUACUUAAACACACACACACACACAGACAAAAUGGAGAUGCACAACUCUGGCCCUGCUGGUCCUCGGAUCAAAUGGAUAAUAUUUGUGAAUGUUUGCCCUGCACCGACACACUUUGCUUAAAAAGUGUGAAGUAAAAUAACGGAAAAAACGACCGGAGUUGUUCAUCUUCACUUUAAAUCAUAUAUCAGCUCUCCUGCAUCCACCUGGUCAGCUUUUCAGUCAGGUGACUAUCUGCUCACAUCUCACAAAACAUCCAGCAAGUGACUCAAGGUGUGCUCCGACUGUGUGAGAUCUCAUCGCACACGCUUGCGCACUCCUUUACUCUCCUUGUUCGUCUGUCCCCUCGCAGUGAUCCUAGGUCAGGUACAGGUCGCAGCUCGACCAUACCUUUUUUCUGUGAGGGUGAUGACCUCCAAACAGCUUCCUGCCUGAUAAAUGAAAAGUGAUCUGACCGUGGUGUUUUGCACAUCGUUUGGUUUCCUUGCCCAUAUACUGAAAGUGGCUGGGCCUCUGUGCGAAUGUCUGCUUCACUCUAAGAAAAUUGUGGCUCUGAUUUCUUUCACUUCUUUUUUUUUUUUUUUUAAUAUAAUCCAGUGCUCCGUCAUUAAGCUCUGAAAGGUAAAUUGUACCUUGUCCUAUAUCUGUGCUUCUGUUGUGAGACAAGUACCAUUCUUGUUAUAGUAAAAAACAAAACAAAAAAAAAAAAAUCACAAGAAUAGGAAAAUGUCUGUAUGUUCUUAUAUAAGGACCUGCCCCCCCCAACAACACCUGCCAGGUGGCCGAUUUUUUUCCUGCUCUGUGCGCUACUUUGAUUGACAACGUGGGCUGGGUCAGCAUCUCUAGAUUUGACAGCAUGAUAGCGGCAUGCAUGUUUAGCACACCCAAGGUAGCUAAGUCUUUGGCAAAGUCAUUCUUCCCACUUCCUUUUGGUCCCAGCUACAAGGAGCUGGUUUUCGGUGAAUGUCUGCCUACUUAUUCUCCCUCGGUUUUGCUGUGAGGGCUGUUUGCAUGUCUCGGUGGCUGCCUGACAGAAGACGACGGUUAAGAGAAGAAAAUUGGAGGGAAAAGGGGGAUGAAAAUUGAACAUUAGCUUUUUUUCCCCUUAUGUGUGUAUUAACGCAAAAACUGUGUGGCCCUCGGUUGUUUUUGUAGCUCCUCAUACUCGAAAACUAACGCUGCUAUGAAUCUCAGAGGCGCUCGGUCGUGGCCUCCCGCUGUCGUGUUUCCUAUUGAAAAGGAUGCGUACCAUUCAUAGGGAUCAGACCUGCCUUUUCUCACAGAAGAAUCACUGUCCACAGUUCUGGAUAGAGUGAUAAAGCUACCAUUUUUCCUGAGAUUAACCUGCAUACAUAAACUUGUAAAAAAAAACAUUGACACCGUGUAUAUGUACACUACAUAGGCUAACACUCCAUUUUUGUUUUCCUCUGUCAGUAGUGAAUUACUGGCAUUUGAAGUUUUAUAGCCAAAAUAAGCAUUAAUAUAACAGAAGAUUGGACUUGGGGUGCCGUCACUAUGAUACACUAAUUUAUCUACAAUAAUAACAGUGUUAUCCAGCACCAAGUUGUACAGACUACUGUCACUGAUGUGAAAUAUGGAUGUGGGUUUCUUUAUUUUUUUUUCUUUGUGCUUUAGCACCUCUCAUGAUAUUGGUGACUGUGUGAAGAUGUGCAUGGCAGAAGACGGGUGAUAACUGGCACUGCUGUUACUAAAAAUGUAUAGCCUGAACUUUAUCGUGGACGAAAUGCUGUCAGUGUUAGCUAGCUGAGGCUCAGUGAUUUAUCCUGAAAGAAUAAGCCUAGAUCUCUGCAGUAUUCUUUUGAUUUGGACGUAAUUUCAUCGAAAUUCAUUGCACAUUUCUUGUUUUAUGUUGAACGUAGCGCAAGAGAAAAAAUGUUUUUAUUUAUGGUGUAAUUUAAGCUGUUUGCAUUUUGUUUCCUUUUUGGUUUGUGUGGGGGUUUUUUAAUGACACUGUCAUAGCAUCAGCUAGAUUUAAAGAUUUUUUUUUAAAGUGUUUAAUGACUUUGCAACUUGACCUUGCAA